AUGAAGAACUUCGCUACCGUUGCGGCAUUCGCUGCUGGUGCGAAUGCCCUUAUUGGCAGGAGUAACAGUUGUUGCUUUCACCUGACUGCAUCCGGAGGCGCUUCUGGGACUGUCGGACAGCUUGACGACGGACAGAACCGCAUCCAUGGUGGACUGGGGGAAGCAGAGUUCUGUAUCGACUCCAAUGGUGCUCUCACUGAUGGAAACGGUCGUGGAUGCAUUAUUACUGGUCCAACUACACAGUUCCAGUGCGAUGAAGGGGCUACUCCCGUGACUGGUUGGUCUAUCGACUCUCAGGGCCAAGUCUCGUACAAUGGUGAUGCGGAUUUUGUUGCAUGCGCGACUGGCCAGAAUGGCGGGUUGAAUAUCUAUACCACAGAGAGCUCUGAUGUGACUGGAUGCCAGGAUAUCAAGUUGUCUGCCGAUUCUUGCUCUAGCUCUGCUUCUAGCUCUAGCUCAGUCGCCGUCCCUGGCUCCAGCACUCCUAUCCCUGGCCCAUCAUCUAGUGCUUCUGUACCUGUUGUGCCUGGUCCAUCCUCUAGCGCCCCUGUUCCUGGAUCCAGUGGAUCUGUUGUCACCAUUCACACGACUGUGACCUCGACUUACUGCCCCGAGUCAUCGACUGUGCCUGGUAUUCCCGGCACCCCGGGCACUCCAGGUGUUCCUGGAACGUCUGGUACUCCUGGUACUCCCGGUGUCCCUGGCACAUCCAGUGUUCCGGUCAUUCCCGGCACAUCUGGCACCCCUGGUGUCCCUGGAACUUCGAGUGGCCAGCCCUCCCAGACUGUGACUAGUGCUCAGCCGUCUGGUACUUCCACUGCGGGUGGGAGUUGCCCCACGGAUCUCUCUGGCGAAUAUGAAUAUCCUCACUUGAUCAUCCCUAUCGACUCUACCUCACCCGAUACGGCUGCUGGCACGUCUUUCAAUGGCACCAUCUCGUCCACCGUGUCGACCAUUUUCAAUUUUGAUAUCCCCUCCUCUGACGCUGGAAAGACGUGCAGCCUUGUCUUCCUCUUCCCCAAGAAGGAGGAUCUUGAGACCUCGUCUUACUCCUUCAGCGGCGACGGCAAGGUUGACUUCUCUUCCCUCCAAUCCGCUGCUACCCAGUCUACCACCUACAACAACGCCCCGGCAGUGAAGGAAGACUAUGGGGACUUCACUAUCUCUCCCGGUAACUCCUACCUCAUCUCCACCUUUGAGUGCCCGGCUGGCCAGGCCGUCGGCUACGAAAUAAAGAACUCUGGCAGCACCGAACUGAAUUUCUUUGAGGACUACAACCCAUCCCCCGCAUGUAUUGCCGGGUUUUACAUCAUCGACUCUCUCGAGCCUUAUCAUCAGCCUUUCUCCUUGAACAAUAUAUCCCUUAUGUACCCUUACGCUGUCCAUGAGCGCGUGUCCAUCCCACUCGCCCUUUGUAUCUCCGGUGUGGGUCCUUUGAUUAUAAUUGCGGUCUAUACGCUCUUGAUCGAUGGGUUGUUCUCUCAUCACAAGCCUGUUGACCCAACUUCUGGAAAAAGGAAGCUGACAGGCCCAUACCGGUUUAAGGACCGACUAUGGGAAUUCAAUUGCGGAUUUCUUGGCCUUCUACUGUCCCAAGGUCUUGCGUUUCUCAUAACCCAAGUUCUCAAAAAUGCUUGCGGCAAACCCAGACCAGAUAUCAUCGAUCGAUGCCAACCCCGAGCAGGAAGUGAGGAUCCAUUCCGUGGCUUGUCAAAUUACACAAUCUGUACGGGUGAUCCGGCGAUCAUCAAGGAUGGCUUUCGUUCUUGGCCUUCAGCUUCCUUUGCCGGACUGUUUUAUCUGACACUGUGGCUUUGCGGGAAGCUGCAUUUCAUGGACAACCGCGGUGAGGUAUGGAAGGCGAUAAUAAUCAUUAUUCCUUCUAUUGGUGCCACUCUUAUCGCAGUGAGUCGGAUUAUGGACGCGAGGCACCAUCCCUUUGAUGUGAUUACUGGCUCGCUUCUGGGCAUUGUCUGUGCCUAUAUCGCAUACCGCCAGUACUUCCCCUCGAUCACAGAGCCUUGGAAAAAGGGGCGAGCUUAUCCGAUUCGGUCUUGGGGUAGAGACCCUGUCGCCCCAAGCGAUACUGCCCCUCUUGUGGCCACUAACGAAAGCACUGUCGCUCUACGGAAUCCCGAGGAGGAGAGGCUUGAUGCAUCCGGCGUACCUGACACUAGAGACCCCACUCAAUUACGCGCCUCAAGGUAUAUGCCUCCAGCUAGCAACCCAUAUGCCACGAAUAUGUAUACGCGUGAUGAUGACGGACAUUGGUCGUCUUCAAGUGAAGAUGUUGCAGAUGGAUAUGAAAUGCAACAUGGCUACGCUCAGACACAAAAUCCGACAAACGGCGGACAUCUUCCUCGCUACGAGACGGAUACGUCGUAUCACUCCCAGAUGCAACCCCAAGUUACAGGUGUCAGUGCGCCUUAUCCACCACCAGUAACGACUGUUCGCUCUGGCGGCGAACGGGAAUUGACGGACGUACCACCGCGAGCAUUUUGA